AUGACCUGGCAGGGUGACAUAAAAGACGGAUCAGCACCACUGAUGAAUACGGAGUCUUUGAAGACACGCUUCCAAUCUCCACAGGAUCUCCAUGAUACUGAUGAGCACAUUAUGAGACUAACGCUGCAAGAACCAACAAAGUCUCCGCGCCAGUCACACCAAUCUAAAGGGCAUCGUCCGUUCGAUGCCUCGGGAAUGACACUGCAUUAUCAACGCAACAUGCAAGAUGCUAUCUCGGGCGAUUUUAGCGUGGGGUUCCCAGAUGAUUUUCACAUGGGCUACAAUCACCCCGGAAAUGAAGUUCCUUUCAUGCCAAGUCACCAGGACUCUCUAGCCCUUGUUUCAACAAUGGGUGGGUGGCAGGAUUCUCUGGCUUUCGACUCAACAAUAACAGGCUGGCAAGAUCCCAUGGCCUGCGAUUUGACAAUGGUUGGUUGGCAGGACCCCACUGCUCUUGACCCAACAAUGGGUGCAUGGCAACAUUCUUCCGUGGAAUCUUCCAGAUCUUCAUCAGUAUCUGCCAAUAGCGGCCCCUCUGCAAGAGACGAUAGCACACAGGAAUCAUUCAUUUGCAACGACGAAUGCUGUCAGGGAAGAGCAUUUAGCAGCCGUGCUAAUCUUCGACGCCACCAGAACGAAAGGAAGGGACUAAGAAGGGUUUACGCCUGUAGUUUCUGCCACCGCGUUUUCACCCGCUCAACUGCUUGUCGGUUACACCAGCAGAAUGGCGUAUGCUUCAAGUCCAAUGGUUGGGUUGGCGCUACACGGUGA